AUGUCCACUAGAAAAUUAAAGUUCACGAGUGUCUUCGACCAAGCAUUUCAACAGUUACUAAGUUUUGCAUGGCGAAAACUUCUAGCGGCUGUUUUGAUGCUGGGUAUCACGGUAUUUGUGAUAUGGCUACGCUACAAAUUAUUAUCCUCAAAUUCAGAAGCGACAAAGAACAUUCCAUGGAAGCAGAAUUUGCCACAAGUUCCACAAACCUCCAACAACACCGUUCAACAGAGAAUCGCCUUUUACUGUCAAAGUCGAGACUGCAAAAGCAUCAGUUGCUCAUCGAUCCCGAAGAGCCUCGAUCCUGGAACGGAGGCGUCCAAUUUCAUCGAAACCGAUUUCAAGAUCGACUGCAAGAACGUUGAAAUCAUAAAGCUGUCGUUUAACGACUGCAAAUUCCCCGAGAACAAACUGCGAAGGAACUGGCUGAGUACCAACGUGUCGAUCGACGAGCUGACGUUCCAAAGCUGUUCCCUGGAUGAAAUCGAGGACGAUAUUUUCUCCGAUUCCAUUUAUAAAAGCACCAAGAAGAUCAUAAUGAUCAGCAACCAACUGCAUUCCCUGCGUAGAGGGAUGUUUCAUCAUUUGGAAUCAUUGAACGAGCUCACCAUUCGAAAUAACACCAUCAGAUUCGCUGAAUUCAAUUUGCUCGCAGAUGUGGCGGAUUCUUUGAACGUUCUUGAACUAUCUGGCGCUAUAAACAAUCGGGAGACAUUACGAAAUAUCACUGGAGGAAGUGUGCCCUUGUCGAAGCUUCUAAUCCUAUCGUUAAGAGAAAAUUCUAUAGGCACGAUUGAACGUGAAUUGUUUAUAGGAGUAUCAUCAGUGACAUCUCUCUAUUUGGAUAACUCUAAAAUCGAGACAGUUGCGCAAGACACUCUCGAACCAAUGGCUUCCUCUAUAAUUCAAUUAUUUCUAAACAGCAACAAUAUCGUCGCUUUGCCAGAGGGCCUCUUCGACUCCAUAAUUAAAUUCAGACAAGCAUUUCAUCUAACAGCAACGGAUAACCCUUGGCACUGCAAUUGCAGUCUGAAAUGGAUACAGGAUCACGUUGGAACUUCGUCGAGCAUAGUGAUCGGUUCUCCAAUUUGCAAGACACCGGAGAUAAAUGCCGGGAAAUCAUUCACGAAAGCUAACUUUUGUUAUCAAUCAAACUCCACCAGCUCUGUUCCACCUGUCACGAGUACCGAGUCUACGAAAUCAACCAAGCAUGACCGGAGUUCAACGACGACUCUUACGACUAAACCAACCAAGGAAAUCAUUAAUUUGACCUGCAAUUUUCCAAGUAUCCUCCUGCAAUCUGGCAUAAGAUUACGUAAGUUGAUGUCGAACGACUUCCUCCAGAUUCGUUCACAGUUUCCUCAUUUCUACAUCACCAGGGACCUGGAUCAAGGUGUACUCGUCAAUCUCCCGGAUCUCGAUCAACCGGUCACGUUGCUGUGGUUCAACAACGAUGACGUUGAGAACUCGCUGAGCUGUGUGAAGAACGUGAAACACUCUUAUCUCGUGCAAAAUAUCGAUCCUCAGACCACAUACACGAUAUGUUUGCUAGCUGAUAACGAGAACACUGUAUCAUCCCCUUUGAACUGUUUGGCGGUGACCACGAGUCCAACGUACGAAUACAGAACCUGGCUGACAAAUGCGGAUAAGAGUUUAGUUUUCUGUGUAUCAACUUUCUCGUUUAUUGUCUUAUUUCUCGUGGGAGCCGUCAUCGCACUUUUGAUGGUCAGAAGACACCCUAUUCUUCUUCGAGGUAGCAAACGACUGAUGUUUGUGAAACGGAGGAACGUGGAUGCUAUUGUUCUUCCUAAAGGUAUCGACAUCGACGAAGAGAAGCCAAGGAAUGACGUUUCGUUUGAUCAAAAGUUUCGCGAGGAUGAAUACAUCACACCCUUACCUCCGGCGCCAAUUCCAGUCCCUAAGAGAUCCAGGGUGUCCAGAAUUAGCGUCCAGAGCGAUUGGCACAGUUACGUGUCCCAGAUCGAACCAAGUGAUACACCGUUGGAAUAUUGGAGGUUUGCACGUUUAAACAGCGAAUUGGAGAAACCGAAAUCCGAAGCCCCGCCGUUACCACCCCAUCGGAAGAACGCUGUUCCAUCCUUGUCUAUGGCUGUGGAAUCGAAUGGAGAUGGAUACUACCCCACUCUUUGA